CUGCGCCCCUCCACCUUCUCUCUCUCUCUCUCUCUCUCUGCGUUUCAAAAGGAAGGGGAGUUGGCUUAGAGCGAGAGGUCUGGACGGAAGAGUAGAAUCUGCGCCACUCUCUCUCUUUCUCUCUCUCUCUUUGUGCGAGAUCGAUCAAUCCAGUCCCAGAGCUUAGGGUUUAGGGUGUCCUCUAUGCGAGAUCCAUCUCCUGCGAGGGCCGAAUCAUCUCCCGAUCGUCUACAGUCUGCCUUCAAUCGGUACAGUCUCAUCCCCCCGAUCGGCCUGUCUUCUCCAUAACAUGGUGGCGAUCUCGUCGGUUUCAUGCACGAGUCGCUCUAUCGACACUCACAGGUUUACUGCUCCCAAUUAGCUCGACUCGGAUAAUUAGGGUUUCUCGUCUUUCGUUUCGUGGACUGUGGCUAUGUAUAUUGAGGAAUUGGACGAAGAAGAGGUGGGCGCUGGGUUAGAGGAGACUGCCUCCGAUGGAAUUGACGCUGUUCUUGGUGAUAGAAAAGGAAGUGUGGUCCCGAUUGAAGUUAAGCGGGUGUUGAUUGGAGCAGGGGCUCGCGUAUUGUUUUAUCCCACUCUGCUUUACAAUGUUGUGAGGAAUAGGAUUCAGCCUGAGUUCAGGUGGUGGGAUAGAAUCGCUGAGUUUAUAUUGCUAGGCGCAGUUCCAUUCCCAGGCGAUGUCCCGUGUCUAAGGGAGCUUGGUGUCCAUGGUGUGAUUACAUUAAAUGAGCCAUAUGAAACAUUGGUUCCGACAGCUCUUUACCAUGCACAUUGCAUUGAGCAUUUGGUGAUUCCCACAAGAGAUUACUACUUUGCUCCAUCCCUAUAUAAUAUAUGCCAAGCAGUGGAGUUUCUACAUAAAAAUGCUUCUUGUGGGCAAACUACGUAUGUUCAUUGCAAAGCUGGUCGGGGUCGUAGUACAACCGUCGUUAUAUGUUACUUGGUGAAACACAAACACAUGACGCCUGAAGCUGCAUAUGAUUAUGUCAAGUCCAUCCGUCCAAGGGUGCUUCUAGCUUCUUCACAGUGGAUGGCUGUUCAGGAGUUCUACCAUCUUUAUGUGAAGAAAGGUGGUGUUUAUGGUCACAUACCUGAUCUUUAUACAAAAGCCCCUGUUGCCAAAAUUUGUCCUCGAGGUCAGGUUUCCUUUGAUGAUGGCUCUGUAGUUGUGGUAACGGAGUCGGAUCUUGUUGGAUACAAUCCGUGUCUCGAAUCUGACAAUGUCAGACCAGAGAUAUGGGCAGAUCUAAGGGUUGUCUACCGUGUGCGAGUUGCUGGUCAGGCAGCACUGGCAAGGAUCUCAUGCCUGUGGCUGCAAUACCGUGAGCAACAGAAGAUUCCUGGAGAGAAGAUAGGUGCUGAGGAGAACUGCAUCAGCGGUGGCCAUGUUGAAGGUAUUAGUGUGGAUAUCCAUGUCUACUAGCGGAAAUAUGUGGUAAGAUGCCUGCUUUACUCUAAUGUGAUAGCCCUCUCCUUGUACAUCCCACGAUGAAUAAUUUACAUAAAUCAGUGGGGCUGUCUGGUUUCUCCUCUGCUGUGUAUAGUUGAGAGUUGUAAACUUUUUAACUUGAAGGGCAUCCGAGCGAUGGGAAUGUGUGUACUGUACCUACCUGGGCUCGGGUUGGGGCUCUUAGAUGAGCCCAGUAAUGGAAAUGUAAUUAUGAGUCGUCCGUAAGUAAAUGUAAGAAUCGAAGAGGCAAGGCAAUUAAGUGGGUUACUUUGAUUAAGA